CCUGUGACCUGCAGGUAUUGGGAGAUCCACAGCUGAGACGCUAGGACCCCCUGGAAGCCUAGAAAUGGGAGUGUUGACAUUUAGGGAUGUGGCCAUAGAAUUCUCUCUGGAGGAGUGGCAUUGUCUGGACACUGCACAGCAGAAUUUAUAUAGGAAUGUGAUGUUAGAGAACUACAGAAACCUGGUCUUCCUGGGUAUUGCUGCCUCUAAGCCAGACCUGAUCACCUGUCUGGAGCAAGGAAAAGAACCUUGAAAUGUGAAGAGACAUGAGAUGGUAGCUGAACCCCCAGUUGUAUGUUCUUAUUUUGCCCAAGACCUUUGGCCAAACCAGGGCAUAAAAAAUUGUUUCCAAAAAGUGAUACUGAGAAGAUAUAAAAAAUGUGGACAUGAAAAUUUACAGUUAGGAAAAUACCGUAAAAGCGUGGAUGAGUGUAAGGUGCAUGAAGAAUGUUACAAUGGACUUAACCAGUGUUCGAGAACUACCCAGAGCGAAAUAUUACAAUGUGACAAAUAUGUGAAAGUCUUUCAUAAAUUUUCAAAUUCAAACAGAUAUAAGAUAAGACAUACUGGAAAGAAACCUUUCAAAUGUAAAGAAUGCGAAAAGUCAUUUUUCAUGCUUUCACACUCAGCUCAACAUAAAAGAAUUCAUAGUGGAGAGAAACCCUACAAAUGUAAAGAAUGUGGGAAAGCCUAUAAUGAGGCCUCAAACCUUUCUACACAUAAACGAAUUCAUACUGGAAAGAAACCCUACAAAUGUGAAGAUUGUGGAAAAGCCUUUAACUGGCUUUCACAUCUUACUACACAAAAAAUAAUUCAUACCGGAAAGAAACCCUACAAAUGUGAGGACUGUGGCAAAGCUUUUAACCAAUCUGCAAACCUUACUACACAUAAUACUGGAGAGAAACCCUACAAAUGUGAAGAAUGUGGCAAAGCUUUUAGCCAGUCCUCAACCCUCACUACACAUAAGAUAAUUCAUGCUGGAUAGAAACCCUACAAAUGUGAAGAAUGUGGCAAAUCUUUUAACCAAUCCUCAACCCUUACUACACAUAAGAUAAUUCAUACUGGAGAGAAAUUCUUCAAAUGUGAAGAAUGUGGCAAGGCCUUUAGCCGGUUCUCAUACCUUACUACACAUAAGAGAAUUCAUUCUGGAGAGAAACCCUACAAAUGUGAAGAAUGUGGCAAAGCUUUUAACCUAUCCUCACACCUUACUACACAUAAGGUAAUUCAUACUGGAGAGAAACCCUACAAAUGUGAAGAAUGCGGCAAAGCUUUUAACCUAUCCUCACACCUUACUACACAUAAGGUAAUUCAUACUGGAGAGAAACCCUACAAAUGUGAAGAAUGUGGCAAAGCUUUUAACCUAUCCUCACACCUUACUACACAUAAGAGAAUUCAUUCUGGAGAGAAACCCUACAAAUGUGAAGAAUGUGGCAAAGCUUUUAACCAGUCCUCAACUCUUUCUAAACACAAGGUUAUUCAUACUGGAGAGAAACCCUACAAAUGUGGAGAAUGUGGCAAAGCCUUUAACCAGUCCUCACACCUUACUACACAUAAGAGAAUUCAUACUGGUGAGAAACCCUACAAGUGCGAAGAAUGUGGCAAAGCCUUUAACAACUCCUCUAUUCUUAACAGACAUAAGAUGAUUCAUACUGGAGAGAAGCUGAACAAACUUGAAAGUUGUAACAAUGCUUGUGACAACAUCUCAAACAUUUCCAAACAUAAAAGAAAUUGUGCUGGUGAGAAAACAUAGAAAUAUGAAUAAUGUGACAAAGCCUUU